UCUGAUGCUAAUAUCACCUCAUUCUCUGUUGUACACUUGACCAAGCAACUUCGCAGCAACAUAGCAUCAUAUCUGUAAAAGAAACUAUGAAGGAAGCAGCUGUACUGUUCCAAAUUGCCACAUUGAUGGCAUGUCUGUAUGUCAACGCUAGCACUUUCAUCGUCAACAACAACGACACCAACAGCAAAAGCAGCAACAAUAACAACAUUGACGACGAUGUCGACAACAACACCAAAAAAGGGACGUCAGAAUCUUCAGUUGUUUCAUCCAAGAUCUGUAACCUGAAUUCGUCGCUUUGUGGAAGCGGCGAAACGUGUGUAAUAUAUGACACUAUUUUUCAGUGCCGUACGUUAACUGCCAGAGAACAGUACUUUUGUAAAACAUGUGACAACGGUUUAUGUGACUUUGAGAAGGACGGAUAUAUGUCAUGUUACUGCAAACGACAUUGGACAGGAGAAUACUGCACUGAGCGUUGCCUGAGGAACUGCACAACUGGUAAAUGUAUUUUGCAAGGAGACAAAGAAUAUUGCGAAUGCCCAGACAAUUUUACGCCUACAUUAAACUGCACAAAACGACACACCGAUUCUUCUCCGAGUGGCACCAUAUUUAUUACAGAAAACAGGAGAGGUUACUCAACUUCGUCAUCGAGAAUAGCACGUCAUUUGCAUCCUUUUCCAGAUACAAUCCAGGGCAAAUCCUUCGCGACAGUUAUUUCAACUGCUGUGGCUGUUACCGGAAUGCUAUUAAUUUUACUCGGAAUGUAUCUGGUGUGGAAGAGACGGUUUCGAUUCUCUAUGAAGUUUGCAUACUAUUUUCAACCUUAUGCAGAUAAAGAGGAGAAAUUAUACGACGUAUUCAUUUCGUAUAAAUCUUCGACUACAGACGAAUCUUGGGUGAAAAACAUUCUGUUUCCGAAAAUCGAAGAUGACAUGGGGCUGAAAGCAUGUAUUCACUUUCGGGACUUCGUCCCGGGUGAGAGUAAGUAUCGAUCUGUCUUCAUCGUUCAUCGACUUUCGAAUAAUGUUGCUCUAGUGUGAGUGGAAUAUACCAGUUUAGAGAUAACAUUGAUGAUCAUUUUUUACGAUGUAUGUGUGUGGUAAGUUAGAGGGGAUCAGUUACAUCAAGAUAAAUUUGGUGACAUAUCACCUGAAAAUAUUCCGAGGUGUAUCGCCUGAAGAAAUGACAAUUUGAGAAAAAUAAGAAUUUGCAGAAUGUUACAUAUUGAGUUACAUAAUUGUACUCGUGUUUUGAAAAAAUAUGCUCUGAAAGCAUAUAAACUGUUAUUUAAAACUAUAAAGCCAGAGUACUCUCAAUUUUUUCUGGCGAAAAAUACUAUCCAAAUUCUUGAAACUCGCAUCUAGAUAGGAAAUGGAAUAGAAGAAGGCAUUGCAGCAUUCAAAUUUAUUGAAACUCAAAAAUAAAUUAGAUAAUAAUUCAAAAUAAAAAAAUAUAGAGAGCCAGAAAUCCCUGUUCAAAUCUAUAACGUCAGGUUGAACAAUAUUGCAGAACUGAUGCAAAACGGGGAAAUUAUUAUAUACUUCAAUGAUAUUCUCAUGGAAUAUAUCAGCAAUAUAGCGUUUGACCACCACCUUUCUGAAUUGCUUCAAAAACACGCGAUAUUAUACUCCCAAUCAGCUUCUA